GUCCACAGUGACGCACACCAACAGCAGCGAAGAAGAGCGAGAAAAGGGAAGAAGAAGAAAAGCUGUUCCGCUUCAAAUCCCGAUCAGUUGUCAGUUGUGGCUCUACAGCUGAGAGCGGAGAAGGAAGCGAGGCGGAAGAGAGAAGGGAUACAGGCUCUAAAACAGUUCUGGUUGAUUUAAGGGUGCAGAGCGCUUAUAACCUUCAGCAACAUGGGGGAACUCUUCAGAAGCGAGGAGAUGACGCUGGCUCAGCUCUUUCUCCAGUCUGAAGCUGCCUAUUGUUGUGUCAGUGAACUGGGAGAGAUUGGGAUGGUGCAGUUUCGUGAUCUUAAUCCCGAUGUGAAUGCCUUUCAGCGUAAGUUUGUCAAUGAAGUGAGGAGAUGUGAAGAGAUGGACCGCAAACUGAGAUUUGUGGAGAAAGAGAUAAAGAAAGCAAACAUCCCAAUACUUGACACAGGAGAGAACCCUGAAGUCCCCUUUCCAAGAGACAUGAUUGACCUAGAGGCCACAUUUGAGAAGCUUGAGAAUGAGCUGAAGGAAAUAAACACCAACCAAGAAGCCUUAAAGAAGAACUUCCUUGAGCUGACUGAACUCAAGCACAUUCUGCGCCGCACACAGCAGUUUUUUGAUGAGAUGGAGGACCCCAGUUUACUGGAGGAGUCAUCCAUCCUCCUUGAACCCAAUGAGGUCAACAAAGGGGCUGCUCUUAGACUGGGAUUUGUGGCUGGAGUCAUUGGCAGAGAACGUAUUCCCACAUUUGAGAGGAUGCUGUGGAGAGUUUGUAGAGGAAAUGUUUUCCUGAGACAGUCCGAAAUUGAAGAUCCUCUGGAGGAUCCGACCACAAGUGACCAGGUUCACAAGUCUGUCUUCAUCAUCUUUUUCCAAGGAGACCAGUUGAAGAAUAGAGUCAAGAAGAUCUGUGAGGGGUUCAGGGCGACGUUGUACCCAUGUCCAGAAACACCCCAGGAACGUAAAGAGAUGCUAGCGGGUGUCAAUGCACGAAUUGAUGACCUGCAAAUGGUGCUGAACCAGACUGAGGAUCACAGGCAGAGGGUCCUACAGGCUGCAGCCAAGACAGUCAGAGUGUGGUUCAUCAAGGUCAGGAAGAUGAAAGCCAUCUAUCACACCCUGAACCUCUGCAACAUUGAUGUCACCCAGAAAUGUCUGAUCGCCGAGGUGUGGUGUCCAGUCUCGGAACUUGACUCGAUCCAGUUUGCUCUGCGCAGAGGAACGGAGAAGAGUGGCUCCACUGUUCCUUCCAUUCUCAAUAGGAUGCAGACCAAGCAGACGCCGCCUACCUACAACAAGACUAACAAGUUCACCUCAGGCUUUCAGAACAUUGUCGAUGCGUAUGGAAUCGGCAACUACCGCGAGAUAAACCCAGCACCAUACACCAUCAUCACCUUCCCCUUCCUGUUUGCGGUCAUGUUUGGUGACCUGGGCCACGGGGUGCUCAUGUCCUGUGCUGCCCUGUUCCUCGUGAUAAGAGAGAGGAGACUGAUUGCUCAGAAGAUUGAUAAUGAGAUUUUCGGCAUGAUGUUCGCGGGACGUUAUAUCAUCCUGAUGAUGGGGCUCUUCUCAAUCUACACUGGCACCAUUUACAACGACUGCUUCUCCAAGUCCCUCAACCUGUACGGCUCGUCCUGGAGCGUCAGGCCUAUGUUCAACUCUGCAGUAGGCGGCAACUGGACUAAGGGCAUACUUGCUGGCAAUCCAGUUUUGCAGUUGGACCCUGCAGUACCUGGCGUGUUUAAAGGCCCAUAUCCUAUUGGCAUUGACCCGAUUUGGAACAUUGCUUCCAACAAGCUGACUUUCCUGAACUCCUUUAAGAUGAAGAUGUCUGUCAUCCUGGGAGUCAUCCACAUGUUGUUUGGAGUCAUUCUCAGUUUCUUCAACCACUUGUAUUUCAAGAAACCACUGAAUAUCUUCCUGGGAUUUAUUCCAGAGCUUGUCUUCAUGUCCUGUUUGUUUGGAUACCUGAUCGUUCUAAUCUUCUAUAAAUGGAUCGCAUACACCGUUUUUCAGUCCAAGGACGCUCCCAGUCUCCUCAUCAGCUUCAUUAACAUGUUUCUCUUCAACUACAACGACCCCACUAAUAAACCUCUCUACAAAGGGCAGAUGAUUUUACAAUCAUUGUUGGUGAUCUUGGCCUUGGCGUGUAUUCCCUGUAUGUUGAUAAUAAAAACUCUGGUCAUGCGAAGGCAGCAUUUGCAGAAGCAAAGCCAGCGAACACAGAAUUUGGGCGUCACUAUAAGCAACGGGCCCACAGACGACGAGGCUGAGAUCAUCCAGCACGACCAGCUGGAGCAGCAGCAGACGGCGGAGGAAGAACACGAGCGUUGGCUUUUGUCGCCUGCUUCUAAGGCCAACGAGGAGGAAGAGUUUAACUUUGGGGAUCUGGCAGUGCAUCAGGCCAUCCACACCAUUGAGUACUGUUUGGGCUGUAUCUCCAACACCGCUUCCUAUCUGAGGCUUUGGGCCCUCAGUCUGGCUCAUGCACAGUUGUCAGAAGUCCUGUGGACGAUGGUGAUGCACAUGGGUCUGUCUAGCAGGAGCAUUGGAGGCUUUGUGGGCCUGUUCAUAAUCUUUGCCUUCUUUGCUCUUCUCACCAUUGCUAUUCUCCUGGUUAUGGAAGGCCUGUCUGCCUUUUUGCAUGCACUGCGUUUGCACUGGGUGGAGUUCCAAAACAAGUUUUAUUUAGGCCAGGGCUUCAAGUUCCUUCCAUUUACCUUCGACAGCAUCUUGGAAGGGAAAUCAGAAGACUCAUAACUUCGCCCUCAUUUAUUUCUUGAGAAUCUGUGUGAUGUUUAGUGAUUUUUUUUGUGUGUGUGAGAUGGUGAGAGCUGAUUUCAACCUCCUGUGUUUCUACUGCUUAACAAGUGUCACCUCGACCUUAACUCAUCAUGUUUCGAUCGUCUAAAUCAAAGCAUAUCCUUACAAUUGACUGUCUAUUCCUUACUUUGCAAAGUCAUUUUGCUCUAUCUUAAAUUUAGAUUAAUAUUAUUUAUGCAAAAUAUUUACUUUAUAAAACCCUGUAUAUUGCUGGAUUGUCGCUCUGCCUUAAUAAAACUAUGCAAAAAUCCUAGAGAUGCAUGAUCAGAGAAGAUGAACGCUUCGUGGUUGCCUGUCAUUUGUGUUCGUGUUGUUUCUGCACUGAUGUUCUUUCUCAGCAUCCUAGGUCCAAAGGGAACGUAGUCGAACUUGCUUCAGGCUGCACUGACUGAUGCCGUGCCCUAACAUUUAAAAGCCUGCUGAAUCUGGAUCAUGAAGCGGAAUCUGUGUUGCCUUUCAUCUAAUGAGUUAAUAUGAUUCAACGGCAUGGGUCUUGUUGUUUGUUGUGCCUUUUGUUGAUGUUAUUUGUAUGUUCUUACUUUUGAACACUAUGAAGCAUCUACACAUCAAAUGAUGUCUGUCUGAGGCCUGUGAGCACUUGCAUAGUUUGUACCUCCAUCAAUAAAGUGGAAUGAGCUGCUUGAA